GCGGCCCUGGAGCAACAGCGUCUCCUUCGAUCUGCAUCGCAGCAGUAGCAGCUCGUGCCUCCGACAACCUCUUCCAAGCGAGAUGGAUCCUCAGGACUGCACCUGCGCCACUGGUGGCUCUUGCUCCUGUGCUGGAUCCUGCAAAUGCAAAAACUGCAAAUGUACUUCGUGUAAAAAAAGCUGCUGUUCCUGUUGCCCAGCGAGCUGCAGCAACUGCGCUAAAGGCUGCAUCUGCAAAGAGCCGUCGUCUGACAAAUGCAGUUGUUGCCACUAAAAACGGCAGUUUUCGGUCCUCUGUAAAUAUUCUCGACGAGCAAGACCAUUUUCAGAACACAAUGAAUAUUUUGAAACUGUAUUUUUCAUGCAGAUGAAAGGAAAAUUAAAAGUUGUGACUGUAGAAAAAUAAAGCCUUUAAACUUG